GUACUAUCGUCUCUGAAAAGAUCUCCAUUGCACGGGUCUCUUCUGUCUAGCCUCUUGCUUUCGCACUCGAUUCAUACAGCUCUAUACAGCAACACACCACGUGUUACGUUUUAGAGUUCAGCAUCAAGUCAGGAAGCUCACGGGACUAGUCUACAAACGGUAGUAUUCGGUUGGUUUUGUAUAGACGGCGACUGGAGUUGCGUCCCUUUACGGAGUAGUGUUCUCUGUCUUCUGAUGCAAGUCUCAUAACCUCAAUUAAUUCAAGAUGAACAGUGGCGAUGUUGAAUUGUCGCCGCCUUUUAUCACAACAUAUCAUCACGAUGGGCCAUACAGCUCGUCGCUCUCUUCCUCCGCCUCAUCCUCUUGCGCUUCUGUCUUCUCAGAUGCCGCCUCUCAAUCCUCGGACGAUUCGUCAGUACACUCGGGAGGCUCUUCCGACUCAGAACAAUCGGACGCCUACUGUCGUACAACCCGGCAAUCAUCAUAUCAAUCACUAGAAGACCAAUGCGACGUCAUCACCCCGACGGAAUGUUGGCCUAAAAGCGUCCUGGCGAGCAGCGUUCCACAAAAACGCCCGCAUCCCAGGCGCACCUCCAAACUCGCCUCGCGCAAAGCGCGCUCCCCCCCUUCUCUGGUUCGACAGUGCGACCGAAAGGUCAGCUUUGUCGAUAGCCUAGUCGAUUCCUCCGCCCAAAUCGUUGAAGCGAUCUGGCCCCUUUCCUCCGUCGUGUGCCGCAGCGAGAUGGGCGCCAAAGGCGUUCUCCCCCUGCGCACCUUCAUCCAAGAGACCCUGCGGCGGUCUCAAACCAGCUACUCCACCCUCCAAGUAGCGCUCUACUACCUCAUCCUCAUCAAGCCGCACGUGCCCAGCUUCGACUUCACGAUGGAGCAGCCGGACGAGGGCCACGCGACGCGCGCCCUGCAGUGCGGGCGCCGCAUGUUCCUGUCGGCCCUCAUCCUGGCCUCCAAGUACCUGCAGGACCGCAACUACUCCGCGCGCGCGUGGAGCAAGAUCUGCGGCCUCAGCACCCACGAGAUCAACCAGAACGAGAUGGCCUUCCUGGUCGCCGUCAACUGGCGCCUCCACAUCACCGACGCCGUCUUCCAGCGCUGGACAGACGUCGUGCUGCAGUUCACGCCGAGCCAGGCCCCGGCGGCCGCGGGCGCGCUUAUGGGCGCGCCAGCGACGCCGCUGCCGGACUGGCGCGCGUUGAUACUCAAGCUCGAUGCUGAUCUGGGGAAUGUGGAGGCGGUGGUGAGAGAGGCGGCUAUGGCGACGGCGGCGACGGUGGCGGUGGUUGCGAAGAGGGCGCGCGUCUGCAGUACGCGUGCUUCUCUUGUGUAUCAGUCCUCUUUGUUAAAUAAGUGUUUUGAGGCACAGGCUCCUGCUGUGAGGUGAGAGGAGGGCGCUAUUAUUGGGGAUGAGAGAAGAAGAAGAAGAGAAGUAAGAAGAGUAAGAAGAAUAAGAGGUGGCGUGUGGAGGUGAUAACUGAUAACGUAGUGGUGGUGGGGAGAAAGGGGAGAGGGGAUGUGGAGGAGAGCGGAGAGUGUAUAGCUGGUGGUUGGUGCUGGGGACGUAUGAUGUACAUCUAUCGUAUCGUAGUUGAAGAGUGAAAGCUUUUCUUCUCUUGAUCUGAUUGCUACUCGUGCUGUGGGCUUUUGCUUGAUUGUUUUGGCGUUUUGAGAGGAGAUAUCCGGAAAGGGGGGGGUGGAUGGAUGUUCGGCGCGGGAGGGGGGUGGCUCUUUAGUAGGAGCUUUUACAUUUUGUACAGUACAGUAUGAACUAUUUCCUUAGCUUUUGAAUUUGAUUCUGCUGUUUUGCUCUACGUUGCUUACUUCCCUUGGGGCGUUGGGAGUUUCUGAGUUGUGAGGGGGAAGGUAAGUUGGAAUAUGCGUGUCUUACUCUAUGAUGUGAAGACGAGGCGGAAGGCAUCGAAGUGGUUCUCGGGGCGGGUGUUGUUCCGUUAAUUUUACACAGUGCGACUCGACGAGAAAUGGUAAGUGGACAGACAGUACAGAGAGAAUGUUAACAAAGAAUCUAGGUAUGUAUUAUUAUUAAUUAUAGGCUUGAACACAGCUCGAUAUAGAAAAUACAAAAUUCCUUUAUAA